UCCUGCUCCCCCCCUCCUCCUCCUCCUCCUCCUCCGCUCGCUCCGCCCCGCAGCCCCAGCCAAGGCCGCCCUCCUGCGUUGCCUGCCUGCCUGCUUCCUGCCUGCCUGCUCUCCCUCUCGCCGGCGGCCCGACCGAGGCCACCCCGGGCUCCUUCCUCCCUCCUCCCUCCCUCCCUCUCGGCGCCCCCGCUCCCCGAGCGCCCCCGCCCAGCCCUCCGCCGAUGCUGGGCCCACCGCGAGCCCCAGUAGCCAAGCCGCCCCGCGGGCCCCGCUGAGUCCUCCGCGCCGCGGCGCCGGGAUGGAGUCCCAGUGCGACUACUUCAUGUACUUCCCGGCGGUGCCCUUCCCGGCGCGGGAGGUGCUGCUGGGGGAGCCGGGCCGCUACCGGGCCCUGCCGCGGAGGAACCACCUCUACCUGGGCGAGACGGUCCGCUUCCUGCUGGUGCUGCGCUGCCGCUCCUCGGGGGGCGCGGGCGGGGCGCGGCCGCCCUGGGGCCAGCUAGCCGGCUCGCUCUCCGCCUUGGCCAGCGUCAGCCCCGCCGCCGGGGCCAGCAGCAGCAGCAGCAGCAGCAGCGCCCUGGUCGCGGGCGCCGGCGGCGAAGGGGCCCCGCACGAGGCGCCGGCGGGCGACACCCACGAGCAGGAGGCGGAGGAGGAGGAGGCGGAGGAGGAGGGCGGCGGCGGCGGGGAGAGCCUGGGGUGCCGGCGCCGCGGGAGCCUCUUCCGGGACUGCCGGGCCCUCCUGACGCACGGCCAUGGGCCCCCAGGGAGAGCCGCUGCCGGCGUGCCCAUCGAGGAGCCCAUCGUCUCGACUGACGAGGUCAUCUUCCCGCUGACCAUCUCCUUGGACAGGCUGCCGCCCACCACCCUCAAGGCCAAGAUCGUGGUGACGGUUUGGAAACGGGACCAAGAGAAAGCCGAGGUGCGGGAGCGGGGCUACCUCAGCAUCCUCCAGGAUCGGUCCCCCUCCCAGACCUUCCGGGAGGAGCAGGGGGCCUUCAAGGCGCAAGUGAGCACCAUGCUGACCGUCCUGCCUCCGCCAGAGCUGAAGUGCCAACAACUCAGUGUUUCUGGGAAACACUUGACAGUGCUGAAAGUGCUGAAUGCGGCCUCCCAGGAGGAGCUCUCUGUGUGGGACGUGAGGAUCCUCCCCAACCUGAAUGCCAGCUACCUUCCCAUGAUGCCCGAUGGGUCUGUCUUGCUAGUUGACGAUGUCUGCCAUCAGUCCGGCGAGGUCUCCAUGGCCUCUUUCUGCCGCCUCUCCUCCGCCACCUCGGCCUGCCCGUGCUCCCUCCGCGCCCUGGAGGAGCAGAACUUCCUAUUCCAGCUGCAGGCUCCUGAGCAGCCCCCUGACAGCACCAAGGAGGGCCUGGAAGUCCCUCUCAUUGCUGUGGUCCAGUGGUCCACCCCAAAGCUGCCCUUCACCACCAGCAUCUACACUCAUUACAGGCUGCCCAGCAUCCGCCUGGCCCGUCCCCGGUUUGUGAUGACGGCAGAGUGCGAGUCCCCCGUGGUCCUGCAUCGCCGCUUCACCGUGACGUACACGCUCAUCAACAACCUCCAGGACUUCCUGGCGGUGCGCCUGGUCUGGACGCCGGAAAGUGCGGCUGCGGGCAAGAAGCUCUCGUGUGAGGAACGCCGCGCCAUCCAGGACGCCCAGGAUGCCAUCGUCUGCCACACCCCCCUCAACAACCUGGGAUUCUCCCACAAGGGCAGCGCCCGCACCUUCGGCGUCACCUUCCAGGCCCUGCGGGCUGGCUUGUACGAGCUGUCCCAGCACAUGAAGCUGAAGCUGCAGUUCACGGCCAGCGUCUCCAACCCUCCCCCCGAGGCCCGGCCCGUCUCCCGCAAGAGCAGCCCCGGCAGCCCUGCAGUGCGGGAGCUCGUGGAGCGCCACCAGGCCAGCCUGGGCCGCUCGCAAAGCUUCUCCCAUCAGCAGCCGGCGCGGGGACACCUCAUGAGGUCGGGCAGUGUCAUGGAGCGCCGAGCCAUCACUCCCCCUGUGGGCUCCCCAGUGGGUCGCCCCCUUUAUCUGCCCCCUGACAAGGCAGCUCUCUCCCUCGACAAAAUUGCCAAACGAGAAUGCAAGGUCCUGGUGAUCACACCCGUCACGUGAGGGGAGGGGAGCCCACCCCCACCCCGGCCAGGGCGAGGCUGCAUUCUGCCUUGCCACCCAACAGCCGGCCCCUGACAUGGUCUCACCCCAUGGAAGGGCCGUGUGCUGCUGCCCAGAAGUUGCCCAAAUGUCCUCCCCCCCAUCCAGUCCUCCCGCUGCUGACUAUUUGGAAGGGCUUCUCUGCUGCACUCCAGGGAGUGCCCCCAUCUAAGCUCCGAAGGGACCCCUCCUCUCCCUGCAUUCCUCCUACCCUGCAGGAGGGGGCCCAGAGCAGCUGGGCACGGCUGCCCCCCACCCCGCCACGCCAUCUUUCACCUUUCCUGCUGCCACCCCUGCCUGUUCCCUUCCUCCCUUCCGGGCUUAGAGCAAAGCUAGGAUGCAUACGAGAGAGGCUGGGUUCCAAUGCCAAGCAGUGUGUGGGGGGGUCUCCCCCCCCUCUCCUGCUGCUUCAGCCGGAUCACUCCUAGACUGGACUGCCCCCUGCUGGUGGAGGGGCACCGUGGCUGCUGGACAACCCUGCCUGGACCUCCUUCACACUGGAUUGGGCCACAUCCAAGGACUGAGAGAUGGAGGUGUUUCCUGCGCCCCCCCCCCCCCCGCCGGCCACCACACACUGGAAUCUGCCCCCACCCAUGUGUAGGGGGAGGGACAGGCUGCACUCCAGUCCUGCCUCCCAUCUCAGGCCAAACACCCAUUGCACUUUAUUUAAUUUUUUGUUAUUUAUAUUUUUUUUAUUUGCCUCAAGCAGCUCAACUCUUGUGUUUGUGAAUAAACUGCUCUGGCUGGAAAAAUGCGCCUGGCUGUCUCCUUGG